AUGUUGCCUCCGACGGGCAAACAGGCAGGCUCCCUGACAAAAUCUGACAACGCCCGUCCCGCAGCCAAAGGGCCCGCUGUCAAUAAACCCCAAACUGGUCGUUCCAACCCGCCGUCAUGCCAGGUCCCACACCCCGUCAACAAACAAGCCCCUCCUGGUGGAGAGGAAGCGCCCAGGUCCACAGGUCAUGCGUCGCGGUCAGCAAAGACCUAUCAGGCCAUCGAGGACGAGUCAAGUGGGGAGUUGGAAUCCGAUUAUGAGGAGGAGGCGGAGAAGACGAAGAAAAAGAAGAAAGUCCCCCAUUCGCGGAAGGUGAUCAAGACACCAGCGGUCAUUACAGCUGAGAUGGAUGAGGAUGCAGAGUGGGAGAACGCCGACGGGGAGCAUGCCGACGGGGAUGGGAGUGACAGGGAUGAUGCUGUUGGUCAGUCGAGGGGGAAAAGGAAGGCAAUGGUGGGGGAUGAGGAGGACGAAGAAAAUUACGAGGACCAGGAGGAGGAAGAGGAUGAUUCAAGGGACAAGGAAACCAUCCAGUGGUCGAAAGAGGAUCGACACCAAGAGAAGAUGGAUGCUCUGUGGAAAGCU